AUAAACGUAUGUUUAGCCGCUAACGGGAUACUGCACAGCCAAAUAUUUCUUUGUGCGUUCUGGAGAUGAACUUUAACUGGCUGCCAUAUGCAGAUGAGGACUUGACUGCAGGCUACAUCAGCAAAAAAAUUCCAAGACCAGGAUGCUGCGAGGGCUGGUGCGCGGCUGGCUGGGGCCGCGCUGGAUGUGGAAAGCUUUGCUGCUCUUCGUGGCCAUCGCUUUUGCCGGACAACUGCUGGGAAUUAUCUUCAGCAAGAGCAGCACCCAGCCAGCCGCUCGCUCCAUUUUCUCGUCCCCUGACGCCCAAGGUCCGUCUCUGGGCUCCUGUCGGCCCCACACCCACAUCAUGUUCCUCAAGACCCACAAGACGGCGAGCAGCACUGUGCUCAACAUGCUCUACCGUUUCGGGGAAGAGCGCGGCCUGCGUUUCGCCCUGCCGCUGGGCUACCAGCUGGGCUACCCGCUGCCCUUCAAUGCCCACAGGGUCAAAGGCUACAGGGGCCCUCGAGUUGUCGAAUUCCACAUCAUGGCCAAUCACAUGAGAUUUCAUAAAACGGAGGUGGAGAAGGUGAUGCCUGCAGACACCUUCUACUUCUCCAUCAUCAGGGACCCGGUGGCAUUGGCCGAGUCGUCCUUCGCUUAUUACAAAGAAGUGGCGCCAGCCUUCCGGAAAGCCAAAGGCUUGGGUGACUUUGCCGACGAUCCCGGCAAGUAUUACGAACCCCGCGCCCGCAACAACCACUACGCCCGCAACUUGCUGUGGUUCGACUUCGGCAUGGACAACAACGCCAACUUCUCGGCGGUUCUGGCUCGCCACGGCGAGGCCGUGGUGCGCCAGACCUUUAAACUGGUCCUGGUGUCCGAGUUCUUCGAUCAGUCCAUGAUACUCCUGCGGCACGCGCUGUGCUGGCCUCUGGACGCCGUUGUGUCGUUCAGCCUCAACGCGCGGCAGCAGAAGCAGGACGGCGCAGGCGGCGGUGUUUUGGCCGACAGCUGGUCGGAAAAAGUUCGAGGUGGGCGCUCGCCGGCCAAAGCGCCGCCCAAUCUGGUCCUCACAGAGCAGCAGCGGGAGAAGCUGCGCCAGUGGAACGCCUUGGACUGGCACUUGUAUCAAGCCUUCAACCGGACCUUCUGGCGGGAAGUGGCCGCGUUCGGCAAGGCCCGGAUGGAGCGAGAAGUGGCUCUCCUCCGGAGCCGGCGGGAAGCCCUCGCCGGGGUCUGCCUGCGGGACGGCGGAAAGCCCGUGGAGGCCCACCGCAUCCGAGACAAAACCAUCAGGCCCUUCCAGAUUGGCUUGGUGAAGAUCCUGGGCUACGAGCUGCAGCCGGGGCUGGACAACGGCACCAGGACUGCCUGUUUGAGGAUGAUCCGGCCCGAGAUCCAGUACAAAGACGCGCUGGACGCCAAACAGUUCCCGCAGGCACAGUCGCUGCACGCCCCGCCGGGGCAGCAGAGCCCCAUGUUAGCCUCUGAUAGGUCUUUUUUCAAACAAGACCCAUCCCGGACCGGGGAAAAGGGACGGGACCCGGGAGGGAGGACAGGGGAUGAGGAGCCGCGGGAUUGGGACGGAAGUCGCUUACUGAGCCGCAACCGAAACGAGUCCGUAGUGAGGAGGAGGAAGCGGCCAGCGAUUUAAGUGGGCUGAGCUUGAACAAAAAGUUUCCAUUGUAAUUCCACUUUCCCAACUUUUGUUUGUCAAUGCUUCCAACUGCAAGACUGUUGUCUUUAACGAAAGGACAUAGGGACAAGUGCAUUAAGGCCACAAGGAAAAAGAAAUGAGAAAAAUAAGAAAAUGGAAAAAAAAAAACAAGUUCAAGAAGUUGCGGUGUCGCCAAAAAAUGAGGUCGUAUUGCAAGAAAAAGAAAGUUACCAGUCAACGUUGAUUAUUAUAUGUGAAUAAAGUUAAGGUACUGCAAGAAAAGAGUCUUAAAAGUUAUCAGGAAUAAUGUCCCACUCUCACAUGGAACGCACCAGAAAAAGCAUUAUUUAGAAAGGUACUUUGUCAGACUGGAAUAAUGAAGUACAUUUACUGUGUUGCACAACAAUGGCUACGAGAAUGUAGUCGCUGUAAAGCAAGGUGAACGACAGGAACAUUCAUGUAUGUUGUGGGAAUAUUUGAAGAAUCAUCACGCUUUUAAUUAAUCAAUUUAUGACAAUAAGACAGCUGAAGCCUUUUGCUCAUUACCACGAGACAUUUUUAGGAAUCCUCUCAAGAAAUACAUACCAAAUUUUCCCAAAUAGUAAGCGACCCUCCCCCCCCCCCCGUUUUUUUAGACACCGUGCCUCAAUUAAUUCAAAUGAGCAAAUAAGCACCCUUUUUAAUUAUUUAUUAAAGUAUUAUUUUAUUGCUGAGUAUUUAUUUGUACAGUCUGAUGUUCAAUAUUCUAAUAAUGCUUACAAAUGAAGGCCUUCUCUUUCAUAAACACCCAGUACUCCGCACUAAAUAAACAUCCUUAGUCACCA